UAUUCGGGGAUACAUCUGCGAGAUGUCGUUUGAACAAACGACAGUGAUGACGACCGAGGUGCCUAAUACUAGUGUCGGAAUUUCUUCAACGAUGGAUAUUCUUAACGUUACAUUCACCGACAAAACGACUACAGGCUACCAAUCUUUAAUUGACGGAACCACAACAGACAUUGUAACACGCACAGUAGGCCAAACAACUGGGGUUUUUGAGACCAGUAGCAGCCAGUUACGUACGACACCUGAUGUUGGAAACCUCUCGUCAUCUCCCGACAGUUCAACCACUGACACCAAUUCUGUAUUAACAGAUUGAUGAACUAGACAUACAGUUACAAAGAAUUACUAAGGAAGAACAAAAGUUUAUGUCAGAAUUUUUGAAGCAACCUAAGUCACCAUUUCAGGUAUCUUCGGAUUCAUGUGAUGGACAUAUUACACGGUAUAGGCAUAAUCCUACUGGUCAACCAUUGGCGACAAAUGUUACCAUUUCGAAAUCACUACAGCAAAAUGGUGUGUUCCAGAUUGACAUCAAUGUUACAGCGAACCACGACGACGUCGUAGUUUACUCAGUUUAUUGGAAGACGGACUCAUUUGAUCAACCUGUCAACAUCAGCGACAGUGGUAUCGGCGUGUAUUAUAUGGUUAGUGGUUUAUUGAGUUAUACUCUUUAUGUUGGUCCCGACUACACGCCACUAUCAAGUGACAUCACACUCACGUAUAAGCAUUCGAGUGAGACUCUGUCCAGCUUUACGUUAAAAGACAACGACCAAGCGGUGCGAGUUUGCAGUUUUUGGAAUGAAUCUCAAAGCUUAUUUUCCAUGGAUGGAUGUACAACCGUUGACGAGACAGUUGAUCACGUGAUAUGCUACUGCAACCAUACCACCAAUUUUGCAAUGCUUGUUCAAAUUACCGAGAAUGAGCCCUCGGGCGUACAUGAAGUCGUGCUUAAUUAUAUCACAAUAAUUGGUCUUUCGAUUUCACUACUGGCUUUACUCAUCACACUAUCUGUCUACAUUUUUCUCUGGGAAUUGUGGAAUUGCCUUCGAAACAAUAUCCAUAAGAAUCUUGUCGCCUGUAUGAUCGUUUUCAAUGCGUUGUUUAUCUUUGGUGCCAAUCACACUGAGGAUACGGGUAGUUGUCGUGCGAUUGCUAUAUUUCUGCAUUAUUCAUUACUGUGCAUGUUCACUUGGAUGGCUGCAGAGGCGGUUUACAUACUCGACAAAGUCGUCAGAAAAACUUCGAGCAAAUGGAACAAGUUGUGCUAUUACAUGAUCGUCUGCUACACGAUUCCCGCCAUUAUUGUAACAAUCACGAUUGCAUCCUCAUUAAACAACUAUGCGACUGACAAAAUCUGUUGGCUGAACGUGGCUAAUGGUGCCAUCUUUGCGUUCUUGGUGCCCAUGUACUUGAUACUUCUUUUCAACAUACUGGUAACAUUGAAAGCUGCCAAUGUGAUAUACGAACGAAGCAAAGGCAAGGUGUCGUCACAUCCGUUAGAAUCGUCAAGCGGUGGACAAACGCAAAUCAAGAAAAAAACUAAGGAGCAGCUUGAUUCCAGGUCCGCUGGGAAUGGGAUAAAGGCAAUGCAUAAGAAAGAGACCCAGCAAUUGAAGAAGGCUCUGCGUGGGAUGUUGUUUCUUAUUCCAAUCUUUGGACUUACCUGGAUGUUCGCUCUAUUUGCUUUUGACUCUGAUCGGCUGUUUUUUCAAUACAUGUUUGCCAUCACAAACUCGUUGCAAGGUGUUUCAAUUUCCAUAGUGUAUUGUUUGCAGGACAACAAGACGAUGGACGCAUUAAAUCGUAGGACUGGCCGAAUGAAGAGAUUAAAUGAUGUAAAAUCAUUCGAUAAAACAGAAAGCACGCAUAUGUAAAACAGAGUGCAAGAUAAAAGUGUACAAAGUCGUGUUUAUAUAUAGCAAUUCGCAUAUACGCAUGCGCCGUUUAAUUUUCAUCACGAGAUUCUCUAAUGCGAGAACGUAACGCAAGAACGGAUUUCACUCAUGUGUGGCUGACCGUCUACGUACCCUGCUCAACGAGGUUUGGUCAAAUCAGAUUGUGUCCUACAGAAUUCACGAGACGAGGCGAACUUAACGUUCUCGCUUGCGCAGAUGUCUUGGUAGUUCUACGUCCUACCGCGUUGUGCAACCGAAAGCUCCAUUUUAUUUUGUUACACCCUCUGGUUACACCUUGUACACCUUUUGAUAAGAAUAGUUGUUCGUCAUCGAAAGAGGAAUCCGAUAUGAGAAUCAUGAAAAAAUGACGUCACUUGUAAAUAAUGCAGACUCAACGAUCGACCAUCGUUAUUCUUUAUCUAUAUCGAUUAGCCAAUAUUUUUACUUUUUUUCUCAUUGAAUGAGAAAGACGUAUGAUUGUGCAAAUAAUCUCUAUUUAUAUUUUUAUUUCGUACAUAUGUUGCUAAAAACAAACCAUUAUUGCAUUAAUUUUUAUGAUACCCUUUGUGGUUCAUUGUAUAUUCAUAUUCAUUGUAUUUAAUCGGCAGUAGGACUAUUAGUAAUAUUAUUGUGUUGUGUGUGUGUGUAUGUGUGUGUUUUAUGGGUUUUUUUGUUUUUACAAUUGAAUGACAUUGAAAAUAAAUUAGAAAAAGAAAUCGUAUUAUUCUUACGGGACUGUCUCGCAAACACAUACUCCCACAAACGCUUGGUAUUGUACGUUUACAAUCGUUUUGUGGGAAAUUAGCAGCAAUAUCUAAGUUCGGGGCUUAAGCGGAGGUGCAAGGUACAUUGGCAGUGACGGAUCCAGAAAUUUGAAAUAGAGGGGACUCGGCGAGGAAAUUUUACAGAUAGGCCUAGAUGACCCAGAUUACCUAAGCGCCGACCAUACAGGGAGCGCACGUCCUUCCGACGAAAACCAUGAGUUUUCUGCUUUUGCGUCUCCAUGGCAAUGAUGCCAAAUGAAUAAAUAGAUGAAUACAUAAAUGGGGCCGGCGCGGCUGAGGAAACAAAGUUUGUGUCAGUGGCACAUCUAAAUGGUCGAAAAUGGCACUCGCUAAUUUUCUCUUUCCUCCCAUUUGUUUUAUUAUUCAAGAAUGUAUAGUCCUAUAUCUGAUUGCUGAUGGUUCAUGCUGAUUGCUUUGAGUAUUUUUCUAUCGUGUUCAUUUAGUUAUCUAGAAUUACACUUUUCAAACAGAACAUUUAAAUUAAAACCCAAAUGUCUUGACGUUUCUAUAGUUACAUAACGCAUCAUGCCAAAUAAGACGCCGGUUCAAUACUUUGUGUGUAUUAGUUUUUGGCAUUAAGUGCCAAAUUAAAAUUGUCAAUGAAUGUAGGCCUAGUAAUUACAUCUCGAUGUAUUGUUCUGCGAAUGAAGAUCAACUUACUUGUAGUAGUAUUACUUUCUGUUCAAAGAUUAUUAGUUUACUAAUUUCUAGUUUAAUUUCCUGUAGUUAUAAGAGAAAUUUGACGUAAUAAGUUGGUCUUCAUUCAAUGCUUCUGGAUUUGAAUAAAUAUCGUACAAAGA